AUGUUGUCGUUAUUGAUUCCUAGACCACAAUCACCAAGAAAUGAUAUUGAUGUGUACCUUCAACCGUUGAUUGAGGAGCUAAAGGAAUUGUGGGAAUUUGGAGUAGAAACAUAUGAUGCCUCAAAUGAUCAAACAUUUCAAUUAUGGACAUCUUUACUAUGGACUAUUAGUGAUUAUCCUGGGUAUGCUAUGUUGUCAGGUUGGAGCACCAAAGGAAAAUUGGCAUGUGUGUGUUGCAAUUAUAAUACUAAUUCAACCUACUUGAGACACAAUCACAAAAUGUGUUAUAUGGAUCAUCGUGUUUUUUUACCGGCUAGUCAUGCUUGGAGGGAAAGUAAAAGGUUGUUCAAGGGAAAGAAAGAACAUAGGUCUGCACCACCAAUGUUAAAAGGAAAGACAAAAGAUCAUGUAAAUGCUCGUUACGAUCUGCAAGAUAUGGGAAUUAGAAAGGAACUUCAUCCAAUAGAGAUUGGCGGAGGUCAGACAAAGUUUGCAAAGGCAUCUUUCUCAAUGAAUUCCCAAGAGAAGUCUACUUUUUGCAGUGUUUUGAAGACUGCCAACGUACCCGAUGGUAGUGCUUCUAACAUUUCAAAAUGUGUGCAUGUUGGCGAUAAAAAGAUAUUUGCCUACAAGAGUCAUGAUGCACAUUUCAUGUUACACUACUUAUUACAAGUAGCAAUAAAGAGCACAAUGCCAAAUCUAGUGGCUGGACCUUUAAUUCGUCUUGGGUCCUUUUUCCGCUCUUUGUGUCAAAAAGUUAUCCAAGUGCAAGAUUUGUAUUAUCUAAAUGGAGAGAUUGCUGAAAUACUUUGUCAAUUGGAGAUGGUUUUUCCUCCAAGUUUUUUUGAUGUAAUGGUUCAUUUGUCUAUUCAUCUUGUAUAUGAAGUUAGAUUGGGUGGUCCUGUUCAAUUCCGAUGGAUGUAUCCCACAGAAAGAAACUUAUGUAGACUUAAAACUUAUGUUCGUAAUAGAGCUCAUCCAGAAGGUUCUACUGCUGGGGGAUAUUUGGCUGAAGAAGCUUUGACUCUUUGGUCAAGAUAUUUGCAUAAAAGUGUAAAUACAAGGCUGAAUAGAAUGAGUAGAAACUAUGAUAACAAUGAUUCUUGCGAAGUAGAUUCAAAUGAUUACUUUUCAAGUAUUGGCCGACAUUUAGGAGGGAAGCAAAAUGAUAAAUUAUUUUCAAUAGACUCAACAUCAAAAGCUCAAGCCCAUCGAUACAUAUUGUUCAAUUGCGAUGAUAUUCAAACAUACAUAAGAGAGUACGAUGAAUGUGUUAGUAGUCACACUAAAGGAGGAAGGUGGAUCAAGGCCAAAAGACAAGGUCAAGAUUUUAGUGAAUGGUUUAAAAUUCGAGCCUUGGAAAAUGAUGUGUCAAUUCACCUCAAAGCAUUAUCUAGAGGUCCAAAUGUUGUUGCAAAGAGGUUUUCAGACACAACUCAAAAUUCUGGUGUAACUUUGGUUUCUUUGACCGAAAGUUUUGCAAGUUCUAAGGAUGAAAAUCCUAAGACAGAUCAUGUCACUUACUAUGGAGCAAUUAAUGACAUAAUUGAGUUAGACUAUUAUAGCCAACUCAAAUUUGUGUUGUUUAAGUGUGAUUGGUUUGAGGCUAAAGAAGACAAAUAUGGGCUUACUUGUGUACAUUUCAACAAAAAAUAUUAUCAAAAUGAUCCAUUUGUUCUGGUGUCUCAAGUCCACCAAUGUUUUUAUGUGCAAGAUCCUUUCGAUGAAAAUAAACAUUAUGUUAUGAAAAUCGUUCCUAGAGAUCUAUUUAACAUGGGUGACCAAUCAAAUGCUACAGCUCAAGAAGAAUAUUUGGACGAUCCAUUUUAUGAUAUUGGAAAUAUAAAUGCAUCAAAUAAUGAAAACGACCUCAAUUGGGUUAGGGAAGAUAUUCCAGCAACAAUAGUUGAGAAACUUGUAGAUGUUAUAAAGGAAUUCGAAGAAGAAGAUGAUUAUGACUUGGAUGAUGAAUAA